AUGAUCAAUAGCAAAUCCGAUGUCAUCCUUGAGAAAUGUCUUACCAUGAUGCGUCCAGAAGGACUGGAACAGUUCCAUUUCCGUAUUGAAGAAUAAUUUUAUAAAGUCAAAGUAAAAUGUUAGUUUAUCUUCAUUGUAGCAAAAUAAAGUACUUUUGAUUCACGAAAAAGAGGGAGAUGAUUUAUAGACAAUGAUUGCAUAUUGGAUUCAAGAACAUCAACAAAGAAAUGUAAGUAUUAUUAAAGAAUAAAGAGAGACCUAAUUAUUCCAUAUAUUGUUGAGCAUGAGAACUAAAACCAUUAUUAUGCCAUCUAUUACAUUUUAACCAAAUUACGAGUAUUUAUAUAGAAUACAUAGGCUGUCUUUAAUAUCACCUAAAAGGUUGAAUUAGAGAGUGAGAAGUUAAAAUAGUAUUUUGAAUAUUGGUUGAACCUGUGUUCAAGAGAACUGGGAAAUCAACUAUACAGUGACUGUAAAGUAGCGUACAAGCGAGUAUAUCAUAUAGUAUUAUUGAGGGUCAUUAUCGUAAUUCAAGGCAUAGAUAAGUUCUAUAGUGGUGGCGAGGUUAGAGUGUCGUCUUGGUUGCCCAAAAUACUGCCUGAUAAUAUCAAGCUCAUAGCUUCAGCCAGAUUUGGCAGUAAAGCUUAUGAAUACUAUUAAUCUAUUGGAAAUCCCAUAAUUCCAAUGUAAAUCUUACUAUAUCAUCCUAGUGAAAAUGAGAGCAUAGAAAUUUGGGAUCUAAUAAGACAAAACUCUCAAAUACAUAAUGCCCUAAUGCUUGUUCCUGAAUAAUUGCGUUGUCAGUUGCACUUUCUCAAAGUCUUCCACACCAUCCUAAGCAAUCCUUUAGAUGAGUAUGCAUAAUUAAUUUCAGAGGUGUUGUAAUAGGCAGAAAGUAUAAUUUAAUGUUUAUCAAUUAAUAUAGAAUUUCAAACUGAAGUAGAGUUCUUUACUAUCCUUGUUAAUUAGUUUUGUCAUCACAAUGCCAUUGCCUCAUCCAUCUUUUGUGUUCUUUCUUAUGUUAAUAAAGGUAUCUCAAUCGAUGAAGUGAUGGCCAGUUGUUCAUGCACUCAAGAACAAUUCAUCAAAGUCUAUGAUUUUUUCAAGGUAACACUACAUGAGUAUCUCAUAGAUCUGUUUCCUAGAGAAGAAUCUUGUCUAUUCUAUCUAUAUACUUACUAUGAGAUAGGCAAUUUAAUAAAUCUAAUUUAGCAAAAACCUUUACGAUUAAUAUUUAUUGAUCAUUGAACACUCAACCAACUCUACCAGAAAAUUGGAAGAACUCAUUUAACAAUAUAGUAAAAAUAAAAAGUACUUUAAACUCAAAGAAAUCAUAAUUAAUAUUGAACAUUUCCUCAUUCUUUGGAAUCCCUACAAUAAAUUUGAAUUAUGUUAACUAUGGGAAAUGCUUGAACAAAAUGGAUAUGAUUUGGUUAUGGAAUACAAUAAAGCUGUUGAGAACUUCCAGGCUAUCUAUAAACCUACAACGGAAGGACUGUUCUUCAUCAUGUUAUAAAUCUGCAUAUUUCUAAGAGAGUUUUCCAAUUUUGAGAAGUACUAUUUAAUUCCCUAUUCAAUAGAGAAGGCACUCCUGCUUAUAAGCAUCCUUUACUUAGAGGUCAAUCAAUAGAAUUCGAGGAAGUUGGGUUAUAUGGAGAAUUAAGCCAAUUAAAAAUGCUGUCCAAGAAGAAACCAAAGUAACAGCUGAAUGAAGAUUAUUUUCCAACUAUUAUGAGUACUGUCUAAUUGGAGAAUCUAAAUUUGGACAUUAAAAAUAAUCGGGACAGCUUCAUUAAUUAUUAUCAAUCCUAAUUUGAUUCGAACAUUUUACAAGAGUACUUACAAACCAAAUAAGACUUCUUAAGAGAGAAAUUGUUAUCCACUUCCAAAGUUCCAAAUCCCUAUUAUUAUAAGAGAUGGUUAUGGGUUCAAUUUCCAUGGUUGGCUUUAACUUAGAAAAACAACUUCUCCAAACUUAUGCAAUUCUAUGGGAAAGAUUCUACUUAAUAUAUGUCAAUUCAGGAAGAAAUAUAAAUUAAUUAAAAGGCAAUUCGAUUGGUUAUCAAUGCUAAGAGUUCUAAGGAUAAAUCGAUUCACAAAUUGCCGGAAAUAAAACAACGCUAUUAUAGUCCAACAGUGAAUAAGGAUGAACCUGUUCGAAGAUUUAAUCAGUCUUUAGAAAAAAGUAUUGACAGGGCUCCAUCAACAGGGAGAAGGGAAUUGCCUGAGAACAAAAAGAAGGUGCUCUAUAUUAAGAAAUACAAUUAAUUAUAGUAUUAGAAGUAAGAACAUUAAAAUUAUGUUUUUAGCCAACAGUUGAAGAACAAGUUGAAGGAGUUGUAAACAGUUAAGUAGAAUCUAUACCCCCAAGAGGCUACAAUCGAAGCUUAUAGAUUGAAUGACUAAACCAAGACAUAGGGAGAUGAACUGAAGAAGUAGAUGGACAAUUUGUAGGGAGUUUAGAAUGAGAUGAAAAGAAUGUAGACAGUGUUAAAGUUGUGUCAAUUCAAUUAAGAUUAGAAUGAAGAGAGGGUGUAACAAUUAUUUAGACAUUGUAAGAAUUUGGAUAGGAUGAUAAAUGAAUAUAAAUAAAUAAUAAAGGAAUUGAGUGAAAAGUUAGGUAUAUACAAGCAAAAGAAUAAGGUAGAACCUAUUAAAUAAUAAUAACUAAAACAGCCUAUUUCUAAAUAGUUUAUGACAAUGAAAGAUCUGAGUUAAGCUAGUCAAAAAAAUAUGACCACUAUUGGAAAUAUCAAUUUGAACAUGAAUACUGAUUAUAAGAUUAAGGUUACAUUUGACUUAUAAGAUCAGAAUAAUAAAAAUUUGAGACAUCAAAAUUCAAUUAAUAAUAAUCUAUAAUAGUAGGAUAAGCUGCGUGAGACCUAGACUAGACUGAUGUUGGAAUAAAUGCCAUCCAAUAGAAUGAUCACUCCUGGAUAUAGAUUAUCACUCAAACCAAAAGGAGAUGUUGGUGAUCAAAUAGAUUCACACAUUUUAGAAUAGAUUAGACAUCUCAAUACUUUAGGAAUUGCCAAUACUUACAACAACCCAACAUUCGAUGAAUUUCUAGGUCAUUUAACAAAACAGAAUGAAUUAAAUUUGGAAGUCUAAGAAUGCUCAAUUAAAUUGAAUGAAGUAAGAAUUAAGAAGUAGGAGAAGUAAACAUUUUUGAAAGUAUGAUAUUGAUACAAUUAUAGAUCUUACAAAAAAAUGAGAAGCCUUAAGAUUAGAAAGCUGAACAAUUCAUAACAUCUGAUGAUGUAGACAAAUUGAGAAGGGCGAAUGAUGCCAAGACUAUUACACUAAAGAAAUUGAAAUAGUAGAAGGCAGUGUAUAACUUUUUUCAUAACAACCUAUACAAAGAUGUCAAUGCUUUCAUCCCCAUCAAAGAUAACCUAACAAUAACCUAAAUAUUUAGUUUGA